GCAUUUAUGGGAAAUUUGAAAACUCAAUUGUGUAUAUAAUACAUAAAAAUGCAAACAACAUAAAAUACUCAGAAUAUAUCGUACUUGUUGCAAUGUUUAUUAAGUUAAAUGAUUGCCUUCAUACAAAUAUGAAUUUGCGUAAAUAUCUGCAGUCUAUGUAUGACUAAUUAAUUAUACCAGAUCAUAUCCUGAUUAAAGUUAUAUAAUUCAAAUUGUAUCUCGUGGUAUAUGAAAAAAAUAAUUUUGGAGCAAUUUUUGAUAGCAUAUAAUGGUAAUUGAAAGGUAAAGCAAUAUGCAAGAAAAAACGUAAAACUUGACGAAUAAUAAUAUGUAAAUGCUUUAAUGUAAAUUGUGCAAUAAAGAUGAAAAGGAUUAUUGCGUAUCGUUGACUAUAGGAUAUGAGAAAUGUUUUUAUGACAUUAGCGAUUUUAAAUUUUGUAAAGAUAUUAAGGUAUAAAUUAGCGGAAUAAAAUAAAGUAAAAUGUAUAAGUUCAUGUCCAAGCCCAACAAAACAUUUUUUAACUAUAUAAAAUAAUAAUCAUAUUACAAAAUAUAUAUUAUGAACGUGUUACAUAUAUUGUACAGUUUAAUUGAGUAAAGUUUCAUUACAGACGAUUUCUGUGGUUUCAUUAGGUUUCAGCACUGGUAUAAUAUCAGUGGGUUUCAUGCAUUUAAAUAAAAUAAGAAUAAAAGAAUAUAAUUUUAAUGUCAAACUGCUAGAUGGCGUUUUAUAUACGAACAGUAUUCGUACAAGUUUGUAGUUAAGAAGAUCUUUUGUUCUAAUCUAUUUUCUUUAUCUCGAGUUUUUAUAAUAAUCAUUCUUAAGGUACAACUGUUUCUGUAGAUGAGUACUUAAUAAAUUUGUAUAUAAUUCAAGCUAACCUAAGAGUAUAAGGAGAAUAUAAGAAAGUUUAUAUAUCUCUAUGUAAUAAAAUUUAUUUUCAAGAUGAAUCUUUAUAAGAUUUAUCACUUAAUUCAAGAUGUGAGCAAAAACUCUUGUAAAUGUUGUAAGAAUAUAUGUACAAAAAGUAAUUUCAAAAUUUUAAUAAAUAAAAAAUUGUCAAAGACAUAUACUUCAAAUGUAAGUACUAGUCGAUAUAAAGAUAAUUCUUGGUACUCAUUUAUAAAGCAACGAAAAUGGAUUGUUCCUUUUGGAAUGGGAGUAACACUGUUAACAGCAUUACAGUGGAGACAUUUGAAAAAACAUCCAUAUACAACUGAGGACAGUAAUGUGUACGACCCAAUCAAUGUUUUUGUGAUAAAAUGUUAUUAUUUCUUGCCAUUUCGAGUAAUAAGUCGAAUAUGGGGUUGGAUUGCUAGUUUGGAACUGCCAGUUAGUUUAAGACCCACCCUAUAUGGAUUUUAUGCAAAAACUUUUGAUGCCAACUUAGAUGAAAUUGAUAUAGAGUUAUCAGAUUUUCCAAGUCUUGUUGACUUUUUUGUUAGACCGCUCAAAUAUGAUGCAAGACCUAUUGCUCAAACUACAAAUAUAGUUUCACCUGCUGAUGGAAAAGUUUUAUAUUUUGGACCAGUAACUUCAUGUUGUGUACAACAAGUAAAGGGUGUUACUUAUAAUCUUAGACAUUUUUUAGGUGAUAUAAAUACAUUUCAUUCUGAAUGGUCUAAAUUUACUAAAGAAGAAGAUGAUAUUUAUAUAAAAUCUCUCUUAAAAAAUCCAACAAAUCAGCUCUAUCAACUAACAGUUUAUCUUGCUCCAGGGGAUUAUCACAGAUUUCAUAGUCCAACUGACUGGGAAAUAGAAUUUCGUAAACACUUUCAAGGGAAGCUUUUAAGCGUUAAUCCUAAAAUAGCCCAAUAUUUACCAGACUUAUUUUCAUUAAAUGAACGUGUAGUGUAUAUUGGUAAAUGGGCUGGUGGUUUUAUGGCUUAUAGUGCAGUUGGAGCGACAAAUGUAGGUUCUAUAAAAGUUUACUGUGAUAAAGACUUACAUACAAAUGCUCUUAAGUGGCCUGAAGCAAAACGAUGGAAAGAUGCUAGUUUAGGCUGUACACGUUUAAGUAAAGGAGAAUUAUUUGGCGAAUUUAGAAUGGGAUCUACUAUUGUGUUAUUAUUCGAGGCUCCAAAAGAUUUUAAAUUUUGCGUAGAAGUGGGACAAACAAUUAAAGUAGGGCAAGCUUUGAGCGUGUGUACUCCUGAAAUUGAAGAAAAACAAUAUGAACAUUCAUUAUGACAAUUAAUAACGCACGUAGCGCUUGAUUGGAAAUAUAUUUGGAGAGUAGAUACAUAAGUUCUAGAAAUUAAUUUACUGAUAUGGAAAAAAAUGACUUUUUAUGAUAUUACUGUUAUCUCAAAUACACUUCAGUGCAAAUGAUUCUGAAAGAAAAUAUAAUGAGUAUUUUAUAUAUUGCACAGUUUGUUAAAAAUUUAAAUUUUAUGAACCUUUAAUAAAUUCAUAAGCAAAUUGUAACAUAACUAAUAAUCAUUCAUAGUUGCCAUUUAAUAUUUGGAGAAAUUUAGUUUUUAUCAGUGUUGUGUAUAUGUAUAAACAUUUUAAUAACAGUUCCUUGUAUUUUUAAAGUAUUAAUACAUUUAAUGUAAUAUCAUCUAUUAUAUGAUCAUUUAUUUUGUAAAACAUUACAUUCAAUGAUCAUAUUUGCAACUUCAUAAUAUACACUCCCUUAUGUACUAUUUUUAAUUUUGUAAUUGUUGUAAGGAUGAUUUUUCAAGUGAAACUAAUAUUGUAAACAUAAGAAAUUGUCGCAGUUGUACAUCGUAUUAUAAAGAUGAAAGCAAUUGCUAAUGUUUUCUUAACAUCUUUAUAUCGUUUA